AUGACUGAUGAAUUGCAGCCUUUGUUAUCACCCGUGCCACAGCUUCCUGACCAAGCAGCACAUGACAAAAACGUAGAACCGCUGAGAGAUGUUAAUUGGAUAGUAUUCGCAUUAUUUGUUGGAUCAUAUCUAGCAGCACUUGAUACUACCAUUGUAACUACUCUUUUACCUACGAUUGCUUCAGAACUUGAUGCAUCCAAUCAGAUGUCAUGGAUUGCAACCUCGUAUUUAUUAUCCUGCUCUGCUUUCCAGCCGUUGUAUGGGAAGUUAUCUGACGUCUUUGGGAGGAAACCAUUGUUGAUAUGGUCAAAUUUGUGUUUUGGAUUCGGAUGUAUUCUAUGCGGUGCUCCCUUUACGAAGAGCUUAUGGAUGUUAUGUAUUGGAAGAUUUAUUGCUGGUGUAGGUGGUGGUGGCUUGAAUAGUUUGAGUACUAUCACUACUAGUGAUAUUAUUCCAUUGAGACAGAGAGGUGUAUACCAAGGUAUGGGAAAUAUUGUAUUUGCUCUUGGAUGUGCUUCGGGUAGUUUGAUUGGUGCAUUUUUGCAACAGAGAAUCGGGUGGAGAUGGGCUUUCUUAUGCCAAGUACCACUUUCGUUAUUAAGCUGUUCCUUAAUCAUGAAGUUUUUGAAUUUACCUGCGGGUUCUCCAGGUCGUGGGCUCAUUAAUUUGUCCAACAAGAAGAUAACCACUGCCGAUGUGCGAGAACAUGUGGAUUUCACUGGUAGUUUUACUUUAAUCACUACCAUGUUAUUAUUAAUGAUCAUUUUAUCCGUAUUGGAUAAUCCCUCUCAUUUAACUUACGGUACCUGGGCCCUUUUCAUUGUCGGUUUGGCUCUGGCAGGGUAUACUUUUGUUUCCACUGAACUAUCAGUUCAUAAUCCUAUGGUUCCAAUAAGGCUUCUAGGAUCGAACCGUACUGUCUUAGCUUCCAGUCUGACCAAUUGGUUUUUCACCAUGAGUACAUUUGUAUUAGCCUACUACGUGCCUGUUUUUUGGCAAACAGUAUAUCAUUUGAAACCCUGGAAUAUUGGUGUCAGGACAGUCUCUAACUUUUUCGGUAUUGCCAUUGGUUCUAUGAUGACCGGUCUUUAUAUGAAGCGUACCGGCAAAUAUAAGGCACUGUCCAAUACACUAAACACUGUGACAGUUGCGGGUACUCUUAUCGUUUACUUAUCGACCUAUAACACAGAACCAAAAGGUCUCCUGGAGUACUUCAUGUUAUUCCUACCCGGAUUGGGUUAUGCUAGUAUGUUAACAAUAACACUGUUAUCUUUAAUUGCUAGUGUUGACACUUCACAUCAAGCACAAGUUACCUCCAUUCAAUAUGCCUUCAGAGCUAUAGGCUCAACUCUUGGUGUAUCUUUUGCUGGAUUAAUUUAUCAAUCCAAAUUACAGACAUCUCUUCUGCGUAACAUUGUAGAAAACAAAACCUUGAAUGAUAAAUACUCAACUCACCAAUUGAGAAAGUGGUGCCAGACAUUACUGGAAAACAAUUCGUUCGAUGUAUCCUUCGACCCACUCUUAGAAUCGCUGGCAAAAAUUAGUUUCCAAGGCGGUAGUAGGUUGGUACUAGGUUUUGCCGUGCUAGCUAGUAUCUUAGGGUUGUUGUCAAGCCUUUUCAUAAGAGAGCACGUUUUACAUACAGAUAUUCAAAGACGUUGA